AUGGUAAUAAGUGCCACUCGUGUGCCGACUGUGAGUUUACUUCGAACGACGACCAGAGAGAGACAUCAGCUUCAGCAAUUUAGAUCCUGCUGUGCACACAUUGUGGUUGGCCGUGAUGACAUAAAGCUUAAGUUAAAGGAAGUCUUGGAGGAGCACGGGGUGCUGGGGGCCAAAUCGCCAGUGCGCGAGCUUGCGUUCAGCAAAGUGAGCUCGAAAGCAGCGACCAGCUUGUGUGCCCUGCUGGAUAUUUCACUUGAGGACGGCAACAUGAUGGCCCCGCUGCCUGACGGCCCAUUCCUGUCAUGUGGAGUCUUUGACAUGGGUAAUUAUGCGAAUGAGGAUUCCGCGCUGCCCCACUUUCUUGCACACAUCGAGGCUGGGCUGAAGUUGAACGGUGUUAGUUUCAAUCGCGGCGGCUUCACCAUGUACGACCUGCACAAGGAGCGACUCUUUACGAUCACUUCUGGCAGCACAUGCUUCAGCGGUGGAUUGGAUGCAGGGAUUGUUCCGUUUGGGCUUUCCAAGUGUGGAUGUACGAGGCAGUUGCGUGCUGGCAUUGAAGUCAAGCACUCUGACAAGCACAAGGCCACCUACAAGCAGCGGUACCAUGGCAUCCCCCCCACUGGAGCGGAGCAGGACGUGCUCUUUACCGGUUCAGUGUUGGGCCAAGCAUUGGUGGAGCUGCUCGCUGCCUUCACAUUUGCCCAGGUCCCAAGCAUGGCGCUUCUGCUCAGCAGCUAUGACACCAAUGUCUUCCUGGAGCUAUCAGACGGUGUGUGCCGCCACUGGGCGGGAUUGAGCUUUGACGCUGCCAUGUUCAAGAUGGGUGAGUACCUCAAGGGCUGUGACACGGACCGGCGGUAUACGCUGGACAAGCACCGCUCGGAGCUGCCGGCUGAAACGGUUGAGAAUAUCGAGAGGCUUCGGAAGCGACUCAAGGGGGAGAGCCUUCUGGAAGAGCAGCUCAACAGCCUCGCUGGGGAGUUUGACGACGAUCCCCGGGAAAGGCUUCGCACCACAUUGGAACUGAUUGACACGCACCAUGCAUGGUCGAGCAUGUAUGUGUAG